AGAACUUGAAUAAUGUAUUCCCAUUAAAAACAAUUAAUCGACAUCAGUAAAAUAAAAUUAAUAGAUAGAUUCAUUAAUUCAAACAAUAGAGAAUUAAUUUAGAAAGAAUGAAGAAAUGUUUUAAACAAUAUCAUUAUAAAUUCCCUGUGACAUUGAGAGGAUUGAUGCCUAAUUAUUCAUUUAAGAAAUGAGAAUAUCAUUAAAAUAGCCAAAAUCAAAUGUUGAAAUCUUAAUGAAAAAAUGUUAAUCGAUGAUUGAUAAAUUAUUGGAUGAAGAAUUCAAUUUGGAUAGAUUGAUGUCUAAAUUGAGAUCAAAAAAAAGAAGAAAUAAUAAAGCAUCUACAGGAAACGUGUUACAACAAAUUGAUGAAAACACUCUUAAGGAAAUUCAAACAAUUAGUAAAUGUUAAGUUGCCAUUAAAAAUGAAGAAAAAAAAGUUAUCGAGAAAUAAGAAAAAUAAGAGAAAGAAACAACAAAAAGAAAUACAGAAGUAGAUCCUUUUGAGAAAUUAGUUAAUAUAAAUAUGCAGAUUGAAUAAUGUCUUGGUAAUAAAGUAUAACUUAACAUAGAGUUAUUAUCAAAUUAAACUAAGAUGGAAAAUUAGAGUGAUGUGGAAGUGAAAAUCAAUAAUUUGGAGGAGUAGAUUUAUAAGUUGACUGAGAAUAGAGUAUAUAAUGAUGAAAAUGUAGAGGUGUACAUAGUGUAAAAAACUAAUAAGAAAAGAAUGCCUAAUUUACAAAUUAAUUAUUGA